UUGUGCUGCGGCUGUCCAACACACUUAACUCCCUAAAACACAGUUUAUGUGCUUAUUUCAUCGUUUCAUCUGUUUAACAGCGGUUAAUAGGAUCAGUUAAUAAUGCCUUUUCAGUAUCCAAACGUCUACAGAGACGAAUCUGUGAUCGAUGACUACCAUGGCUGUAAAGUUCCUGAUCCGUACAGCUGGCUGGAGGAUCCUGACAGUGAAAAAACACAGGCAUUUGUGAAUGCUCAGAAUCAGUUGACUCAGCCGUUUCUGGAGCAGUGUGAGGUCAGAGACGUCUUUAAGCAACGCAUGACUGAACUCUACGACUAUCCCAAAUACAGCUGCCCCUUUAAACGUGGCGACAGAUACUUUCACUUUUAUAACACUGGUCUUCAGGACCAAAGUGUUCUGUACAUGCAGGAGAACCUUGAUGCAGAACCCGCCCUCUUCCUGGACCCAAACACAUUCUCAGAAGAUGGGACAGUAGCUUUACGAGGUUAUGCGUUCUCUGAGGAUGGCGAGUACCUGGCGUACGGGACCAGCGCGAGCGGUUCUGAUUGGGUCGAGAUGAGGUUCUUGCGAGUGGAUGGUGCUGAACCUCUAGAGGACAAACUGGAGAGAGUGAAAUUCAGCUGCAUGUCCUGGACUCACGAUGGGAAGGGACUCUUUUACAACUCUUAUCCCGAGCAGGAUGGAAAGAGCGAUGGUACUGAAACCUCCACCAACCUGCACCAGAAGUUGUACUAUCAUGUUUUGGGAACUCCUCAGUCUCAGGACGUUCUUUGUGCUGAAUUUCCCGAUGAGCCGAAAUGGAUGAGUGGUGCUGAGGUGUCUGAUGAUGGGCGCUUUGUGUUGUUGUCCAUCCGAGAGGGAUGUGACCCCGUCAACAGAUUGUGGUACUGUGACCUGAACGCUGUGCCCCAGGGAAUCACAGACUUGUUGCCGUGGGUGAAGCUGAUCGAUAACUUUGAUGCGGAAUAUGAAUACAUAACAAAUGAAGGAACCGUCUUCACUUUUAAAACCAACCUGGACGCUCCACAGUAUCGCCUCAUCAACAUUGACUUUGACCAGCCGGCCACCAGCCAAUGGAAAGAGCUCAUUCCUCAACAUGAGAAAGAUGUCAUUGUGUUUGCUACCUGUACAUAUUCCCGCUUCCUGUUUGUGUGUUUCCUCCACGAUGUGAAGAAUAUGUUAAAGAUGUUCCAUCUGUCUUCGGGGGAGGAGAUACGCACGUUUCCGCUGGACGUCGGCUCGGUCAUGGGGUUCACCGGGCGAAAGAUAGACUCGGAGAUCUUUUACAGCUUUACUUCUUUUUUGUCUCCAUCGAUCAUCUAUCACUGUGAUCUGACUAAAGACCCCUUGCAGCCGAAGGUCUUCAGAGAGGUCACGGUGAAGGGCUUUAGUCCUGCCGAUUAUCAGACCACUCAGGUGUUUUAUCCUAGUAAAGAUGGCACACAGAUCCCCAUGUUUAUCGUCCACAAAAAAGGAUUCGAGCUGGAUGGCUCUCAUCCAGCCUUCCUGUAUGGAUAUGGAGGAUUCAACAUUUCCAUCACUCCCAGCUACAGUGUUUCUCGGUUGAUAUUCGUCAGGAAUCUGGGAGGGGUCUUAGCUGUCGCCAACAUCAGAGGAGGUGGAGAAUACGGAGAGACGUGGCAUAAAGCGGGGAUGUUGGCCAAUAAGCAGAACUGUUUCACAGAUUUCCAGUGUGCAGCUGAGUAUCUGAUAAAGGAGGGCUACACUUCACCCAACAAACUCACCAUCAAUGGAGGAUCCAACGGGGGUCUGCUCGUGGCGGCGUGUGUGAAUCAGAGGCCUGAUCUUUUCGGAUGCGCUGUGGCUCAGGUCGGCGUCAUGGACAUGUUAAAGUUUCAUAAGUUCACCAUCGGACAUGCGUGGACCACUGACUUCGGCUGCGCUGAAAACAAAGAGCAGUUUGAUUGCUUACUCAAGUAUUCUCCGCUCCAUAAUAUCCAGAUUCCACAAGGCGAUGGGGUUCAGUACCCUGCUGUACUGUUGUUAACAGGGGAUCAUGAUGACCGCGUGGUGCCGCUGCACUCAUUAAAAUAUAUUGCCACUCUGCAGCACACAGUCGGUCGCUGGUCCGGCCAAACUAAUCCUGUCUUUAUCUACGUGGACACCAAAUCGGGCCACGGUGCUGGAAAACCCACCAGCAAAGUCAUUCAGGAGGUGGCAGACAUGUACGCCUUUAUCGCACGCUGCCUGAACCUCAAAUGGCAGGAAUGAAAGAAACCUUACGAGGUUCUUUAAUGCAGUUUGUUUGUCUUUACAAGUUUGUUUAUUCUAGUUUAUAUGCUCCGAAUUACUGAAAUAAUCCUUUUUCUUGAUCUUGGUCUCUCAAACUCGACUGUUGCAUUAUUUCACCUGUUACACUAAUUUCAUACUUAAACCUGAACUGCUUCUGUGACCGAUCAUAUUUUGUGUUACCAUGUGUUAUGGCUGUGUAUGACCUUUAUUGAGCUUGUAACAUUGUUAGGAAAUAUUAUAAUUGGUGAAGUCGGAAGGGUGACGUUUCAUUACUUCUGGAGCACUUUACUAAAACUGUAUUUAUUUGACGAUA